AUUUUUUUUUAUGUCAGAAAAAUGUAUUUGUAUAUUAGAUAUUUUAUUAUUUUAAAUCAAUCGUAAAUUAUGGCGCCCCGUAAAAAACUUCCACUUCCGUUUUGUAUUCAUCCCUUUGGAAUUAUGCUAAUUAUUGUUGGUUGUAUUGUGGCUGUGUAUGUUUCUAAUAUAGCUUUGGCGGCGGCAAAGGAAGCCGCUGAUGCAGCAGAAAGUGAAAAUGAGGGCUCGGAAGGCGAAGGUGACACUGGCAAAGAAAAAGGUGAAGGUGAAGUUGAAGGUGAAGGUGGAGAGGAAGGAGAAGGAAACGUAGAAGGUGAAGAAGAUGUUGAAAGAGGAGAUACGUUUAUGACGGGGAGAAAUGGUAUAAAUUUCUAAAAUAUGUUCAUAUAUGACUAUUAUAUUAAAACAUAUAUAUUAAAAUAUAUACAAACAUACUGCGAUUUUAA